UCACCGGAUGUCCUGUCUGUAGUCUUCUGGGACCUGUCACAUGUACUAUGUCUGCAGUCUCCGGUCAUCUCCUGUACUGUGUCUGCAGUCUCUGGUCAUCUCCUGUACUAUGUCUGCAGUCUCUGGUCAUCUCCUGUACUAUGUCUGCAGUCUCUGGUCAUCUCCUGUACUGUGUCCGCAGUCUCCGGUCAUCUCCUGUACGGUGUCCGCAGUCUCUGGUCAUCUCCUGUACUGUGUCUGCAGUCUCUGGUCAUCUCCUGUACUGUGUCCGCAGUCUCUGGUCAUCUCCUGUACUGUGUCCGCAGUCUCUGGUCAUCUCCUGUACUGUGUCCGCAGUCUCUGGUCAUCCCCUGUACUGUGUCCGCAUUCUCUGGUCAUCUCCUGUACUGUGUCCGCAGUCUCUGGUCAUCUCCUGUACUGUGUCCGCAGUCUCUGGUCAUCUCCUGUACUAUGUCUGCAGUCUCUGGUCAUCUCCUGUACUAUGUCCGUAGUCUCUGGUCAUCUCCUGUACUGUGUCUGCAGUCUCUGGUCAUCUCCUGUACUGUGUCCGCAGUCUCUGGUCAUCUCCUGUACUAUGUCCGCAGUCUCCGGUCAUCUCCUG